AUGGGCGAACUCUCCGAAGAAGAGGCUCGAGCUAUCGAAGAAGCAGAGGCUGCUGCUGCUGCUCGAAAUUUGGCUUCCUGUUCAGAAUCGGGGACUUCAAGCAAGGAUGUUGUCACCGACUCUUCAAUGAAGAUUUCAAGGAAAUUGGCAGCUGCGCGUUAUCAACGCCAGCCUGGACCGCAGUUGACAUUAACGUUGGAGCGUCUUGGUGGAGUUUAUAUGUCAAAUCCAGAUAAGAGAAGAUGGGAGUGUUAUAUUCGAUACUCUGGUGAAACCGAAGAAUCAAAUAACGGUGGGUUUCAUUUCGUAGGCGAUAGGAACUUGUUCUUUUAUUCCAAGGAUUACUUAACGAAGUUUUCUGGCAUAACUCCUGAACUUCUGGAAUCGGUAACUACUUCGCUCGAGGACGUACAAACGGCCCUUCGCAUAAUUUUGCCACCUGAUGCUAUUCUCUGCGGUCAUUCGUUGGAAUUUGAUCUACGUGCAAUGCAACUGGCUCAUCCGUAUUGCAUCGACAUUGGGCUUAUUUACAAUCUAUCUGGCACUGAGCGAAUGAAAACAAGUUUGAAAAACCUUAUGUCCGUGUUUUUCGACGAAGAAAUCCAGAACUCACAUGGACAUUGUUCGGUAGAGGAUGCCUGGUGUGCCAUGCGUCUACUCAAGAUGAAAUUGGAGAAUGGGCUGGUAUUUGGCAACUGCCGCUAUGGUUGGCAAUACCAUGAGUGGUUGAAAUCCAGCAGCACCAAAAACGAUGAAGAGAACUGUGAUACGCCAAAGAAACGGCCGCGAGUCUAUCAAAGCAAAGCGGUUCGUGGAGAAUCUUGUACAAAAGUUCGGCCGUUAUCAUAUUAUCUUGUGGACUCAAAAAAGACGGUGAUGUGUGGAUUCUCAGAUGUGGAACAAUUGAAAGUUCAGCGAAACAAAAUCUUUACACUUCGACGUCCAUCAUCAUUCCCUUCAAUUUCGGACUACAUUGAUGAAGUGAGUUGUGACUUACUGGAGUACGGUCUAGCGCUCGUGGAAAUCGAUUAUCUGAAGAGGCAGGACGAGUACUCCUCUGAGGAGGACGAGGAUGGCGAGGUGUGUGAUGGCCGUUGGCGUAUGCAGCGAGCUGUUCACGAGCUUGAUGGCUAUGUAGAGAAGGUCAUUCGUGCAGCUGCUCGCUUCAGCCUCAUUAUUGUAGUGAUGUCCAGUGAAAAAUCUUCUUUGUGUUAUCUCAAAGUUAAACAGUGA